GCUGCCAUUGCUGGGGGGUCCAUCUCCCCAGGGCUGGUCAGCCGCGGUGCAUGUGGCCUCUGGUUUGAGUACAGCGCUUUGCCUGGCCGGGGGGCCUGGCGGAGCCGGCAAGGGCUUGGAGGAGGGGCAGCGAUAGACCCAGAGUGAGGAUUUAAAUUUUUCCUAGGGAGUUUGGAUUAUAAAGGCUGUCCUGGCCUCAGUUUGUUGUGGAGGGGGAGAGAGGCUGCAGGUCAAUGUCUGACCUUUGCUUCAGUUGAAGAGGGAAAAUCAUAACUGGACAUCGACCUGGAAUUAUGUCUUGUUUAGUCACUUUCUACUCAAAAGGCUUCUGAAACCCUCAGAGGACAUCUAAGAAGUAAAUUGAAAGAUUGUGAAGUCUUGAAUUUUUCUACUCAAAAGUAGGAGGCACUUCAUCCCUGGACACUUUUGUCCACAUGGAAUGGAUAAUUGGUUAAAUUUCUUAAUCUCAUAUAUAAGACAGUGUAUUUUUUCUGUCAAGAUUAAAAAUUUCCAGGCAUCAGUUAAGAUACAUUUGAGUCAUAUGCAUAGCUAGUUUUGUCAGCUGGUUUUAGAUAACAUUAAAUGUAAUCCUUGUUUGCUGUUUAAACACAACUGAAGAGUUUCAUGGAAGAUAUUUUUACUUUUAUUUUAUUUUUUAAAUAUUCUGACAGCCUUUUUUUUACUUUGCAAUGAAACCUAUUUUAUAAAUGAAGAGACUAAUAGACCUUUUUUUCUUUUUCCUUUUAUAUUUUAUUUGAGGGUUUUUUUCUAAAAUGUUGCCAACAGUCAAUAUGGUGGUAUCCAGAUAGCCAUUGUUUGCAGAUGCCUCUAUAAGCUGAAGCUUAGAAAUGUUCUUCAGUUCAGAUGUGAAAUUUAGCAAUUCAGUCUUACUCUUGGUGUCAUAAAAGUUAUAUUUAUUUCAUCAGGAGCUGAUGCUCAUUAUAGUGAGAUGUACAUGGAAUAGUGAAGAGGCUGCAAAAAGAUAGAACAAGCUUCUUAAAUCAGAGUUGGCAAACUUUGGAAAUAGAUUUGUGAAGACUAAACGAAGGAUGGGUAGCUGAUUUUUUUAAGAGGUGAACUCUGUCAAAUAGCUACUGAUGUAGAAUCUUCGAGUUUCAAGGAAAACAAACUGGAAAAUACAAAUUACAAAGAACUAACACCUUGUGCUGUCCUCUUGGAUUUUGUUUGCUUUCAACAGAUCCACUACCGCUUCAAGGAAAAAUUAAGAUGGACAAAACAACCUAGUUCAAAAUUGCUGGCAGCAGGAGAGUUUUUCUUUUCACUACUGUAUCUCUUGAUGGAACCUUGCACCUUGACCAAAAUCCCUACAGGGACUUGCCAUGAGGUGCUGAAGCCUUGUUUCACUGAUUUGGAGAGACUGGACCUAAAUGGCGCAGCAUGACUUUGCUCCAGCCUGGCUUAAUUUUCCUACUCCGCCAUCAUCAACCAAGUCAUCACUGAAUUUUGAAAAGCAUUCUGAAAAUUUAUCAUGGACAGAGAAUCGUUAUGAAGCAAACCGCAGACGACACAACUCUUCAGAUGGGUUUGAUCCUAGUAUUGGGCGUCCUAAUGGAGGACAUUUUGGGAGAAAAGAGAAAAAUGGUUGGCGUUCGCAAGGCAGGAAUGGGGCAGAAAAUGUACACCAUCGAGGGGGAGGAUACCAUGGUGGAGCUUCCCGCGCUCGAAACAGCACUUUCCACUCUGGAAAAAGCCAAGGACUUCUGCAUGAAAAUAACAUACCUGACAAUGAAACUGGGAAAAGGGAAGACAAGGAAGAGCCCAAGCAAUUUGAGGCUGAGGAUUUUCCCUCUUUGAAUCCUGAAUAUGUGAGAGAACCAAACCAGAAUAAAUCUUUAGCAGCAGGUGUGUGGGAAUAUCCUCUGAAUCCAAAAUCUAGAUCUCCAAGAAUGCUGGUAAUUAAAAAGGGUAGUACAAAAGAUUUGCAAAUAUCUGGAUUCCCUAUAGUAGGAGGUCUUCAUUCACAGCAAGUCAAGAAUGGAACUGGUACAAGUGUUUAUAAAGGAUUGGUCCCUAAACCUGCUACUCCACCUGCAAAGCCUACACAAUGGAAAAGCCAGACAAAAGAAAAUAAACUUGGGACUCCAUUUCCUCAUGAAUCUUCAUAUGGUAUUGGCAACUUUAAUGCUUUCAAAUCAUCUGCCAAGGCUUUUAGUGUAUCGCAGAAUUCAGUGAAAGAGUGUAAUAGGUCAAAUUCUUCAUCUCCCGUUGACAAACUUAAUCAGCCUCGAUUAACGAAGUUGACAAGAAUGCGCACUGAUAAGAAGAGUGAAUUCUUAAAGACAUUGAAACAGGAUAGAGUUGAAGAGGAGCAUGAAGAUGAGAAUCAUGUUGGGGAAGAGAAGGAUGACUCCUUUAAUAUGCAUAACACCAACAAUGCUCAUCAUGAGAGGGACAUAAACCGAAACUUUGAAAAUGAAAUUCCUCAAGAGAAUGGAAAUGCUUCAAUGAUUUCUCAACAGAUCAUUCGGUCUUCAACUUUUCCUCAGACAGAUGUCCUUUCAAGUUCACUUGAGGCAGAACAUAGGUUGUUGAAGGAGAUGGGUUGGCAGGAAGAUAGUGAAAAUGAUGAAACCUGUGCUCCACUAACAGAGGAUGAGAUGAGGGAAUUCCAAGUCAUUAGUGAACAGUUACAAAAAAAUGGCCUUAGAAAAAAUGGCAUUCUAAAAAAUGGCCUCAUCUGUGACUUUAAAUUUAGCCCCUGGAAAAACAGCACUUUCAAACCCACGAUUGAGAAUGAGGAUACUGAAACAAGCAGCAGUGACACAUCAGAUGAUGAUGAUGUGUGAAGAAUUCUCUAACAGCUUUAGAAAUUUUUGUGAUCUCAUGCAGAUUUGGGGGUGAAUUGUUCAACCCCCAUUCUCAAGCUAUAAUUUAUGUAGAAAAAUCCCCCAUUGGAGGAAGAAUUUUGGGACUUCUCUCUGAAGAAAACAAGGAAUGUUGUGUUGGGCUGUGAACAUUACUAUAAUUACUUUGUAAAUGAAUGUUGUAGAAUGAGGACUUUGGUUGAUCCAGCGUCGACUUUCUUCAUCACUGCAGCAUUUCUCUGACUAGCAAUGUGACAAUGUAACAAAUGAGAUUUUCUCAUUUAAUAAUAAAAACAAAAAUUGUAUAAUGUUUUGCAAAGCUUCUGUCUUAAAUGUCCAGGUCUUUAACAAAAAGGGGCAACUUGACAGUGUUUUGCUUGCUGAGACAUUUCUUUUACAAUGGAAACGCUCAAGUCCAUUUAAUAAGCAAAAAAGGGGCAAUGUAUCAUGUUGGCUUAAAUAAGCAAAGUGCACUAAAACUUUGUUUUCUUGAAUUGAGCUGUUGUUCUGUUCCACUUUUUCCAAACAUAAUUGCUCUUUAGCAAUUAAUAGUUUAAUUAUUGUAACAGCAAAAAGACUAUUGCUACAAUUACAGAUUUAUAGAACUGACCUCAGAUCAAGAGCUUUAUUUGGUUGCUUCAGGUCCAGGAAUCUUAGAGUGGAUGUUAACAAGGAUUUUUUGUGGGAAAAAUAAACAUUUUGAUAAAUUAUUCACAUGCAUAAACAUUGACUCUGCUGUCUGGAUCUACAUGGAAAAUAAACUGGAUUUACAGAA